GCGUGGGCUACGGGGUACUCGUGCCAGCCGCGAAGGCCGCCGUACCAUUGAAGUACGAGCUUCUACCGCAGUGGUUCAAGCGGCUGGGAUACAGCACUCAUAUGGUCGGAAAGUGGCACCUGGGAUAUAGGAGCAUGGAGCACACACCAACAUGGCGCGGUUUUGACACGUUCUUCGGAUACUACAACGGCGAAAUGGCCUAUUAUAAUCACACCGUCACAGAUCUACAAGGCCUAUGCGGUUUGGACCUCUGGCGCAACGUUGGCCAUUCAACGAAAGCUGUCACCGACCUCAGAGGCACGUACUCGACGCAAGCCUUCACAGACGAAGCUAAACACAUCAUCGCCAAUCACAAUGUUGAAGAGCCCCUAUUUCUGUACCUGAGCUACCAAGCAGUUCAUUCCACCUGCGAAGAUACCAAGCCUGAGGCACCACAAGAGACUGUGGAUAAGUACAGCUACAUCACAAACUAUAACCGCAGCGUCUUUGCAGGCGCACUCCACGUCCUGGAUCACUCUGUGGGUGAGGUUUUGUCGGCGCUUCAGUCGCGCGACAUGCUCGCCGACAGCGUGGUGGUGUUCACCAGCGACAACGGGGGUGGGCCGAUGGACGCUUCGCUAAGUGUUCCCAACACUGGCAACAACUGGCCCUUGCGUGGCUCCAAGGGGGACAUGUGGGAAGGGGGCAUGCGAGUACCGGCGGUGCUCUGGUAUGGACGACUAAACAGCUGCCGACCACGACGACCUUCGCAGCAGCUGAUGCACAUUGUCGACUGGGGGCCCACACUAUACGCGGCUGCAGGCGGAGACGUUUCGGACCUCGGUGACGUAGACGGAAGGAACCUCUGGGAGGCAUUGACUACGUUCAAGGACAUCGGGCACGAAGACGUGGUCCUAGAGAUCGAAGGUUGGAAGGAUGCGGCGGCCAUCAUCUCCGGCAGGUACAAGCUGGUAAACCGUUCUGAGGAUCCCUGUGAACCGUACCUGAAUAACCGAGUGCCUCUCCCGGAAGGAGAUCCCCCCGGAGGCCUCGACCUGGAUGCCCUGAUGGUGUCAUCCGACGCAUGGAAAGCAGUGCACGAAGCGACCAUCCACUCGGACCCACGCUUCUGGUCUCCGCCUAGACCCAACUGGCGCCAAGAGGCAACGAUUGCGUGCAGCGCCAGCGGCGAGCCAACGGUCAAUUUCGAUCCGUGCGAGGACGUCUUUGUCUUCGACAUCUUCAACGACCCGUGCGAGCUUAACAAUCUGGCGUCCUCUCAGCCUGAGGCGUCCUUGUCACGGUCGUCAGAGCCCGCCGGGGUCAGCGCGAAAUGGUCGACGGGGAGUCCGUCGUGCAGCGACAGACGGAGCCCUCGCUUCGCCUCGACCGAAGCUGGGGGCCGCGGAGGCGGGCUGGUCGAUUUCGUUUCGCUCCCCAACCCGAACGCGACUUCUCCCGCCGUAACGAACAAUGCCACGCUCGACAUCGACGAGAAGACAAGCGAGACCGUCGUCGAACUAGGCCAGUCCACAGAGGCGGUGGUGCCAGAGAGUGGAGUCCAGAAGGGCGGCGACGCCAUCGACGCGGCCCUCAUGAAGAGUGGGAGGCACUCUGCAUCUGGAGGCGCGAGGAGCCUGCGACGAAGAGCACGGGGCACCCGAAGCGGAACGGCGAAAUGA